AUGCCGAGCCUCAUUGUAAUGACAGGCCUAGCUAGCCUUGUUGUAUCUGGUACGCUGGCAGCUGGGCUCGGCGCCUACAACGUCGACCCCAACAGCGUGUCGGUGUCUGGACUCUCCGCCGGAGGGUUCAUGGCGGCACAGCUGGGCGUUGCCUACUCCGAUACUUUCAAGACAGGAUUUGGCAUUUUUGCUGGUGGCCCAUAUGAUUGCGCGCGCAACCAACUGUACAGCAGCUGCAUGAACAAUCAGAACCCAUCCAUUACAAAGCCCGUGGCUAAUAUGCAAUCGUGGAGCGGGAACCAAAUUGAUCCUCUCGCCAACCUCCAGAGUCGCCAGAUCUAUAUGCAGGUCGGAUCGGCUGACAGAACCGUAGGACCCAAGCCUAUGAAUCAGCUCAAGGCACAGUUGGCCAAUUUUGAUGAUCCAUCCAGGGUCUCAUUCGUCACGACCGUUGGAGCAGCUCACGUUUUUCCUACAGAUUUCGAUGGGUCCGGCAACAAUGCUUGUGGAGAAACCCUAUCUCCUUACAUCGGUAAUUGCGGGUAUGAUGGUGCGGGCGCAGUCUUGAAGUGGAUGUACGGUGAUCUCGAGCCCCGAAAUAACGGACAACUCUCUGGCACACUUUUGUCUUUCUCCCAGGCAGGCGCUUACGGCGCCCCUGGAAUGGACAGCACUGGAUAUAUCUAUGUCCCACAGGCUUGUCAGGGUGGUUCCAGUGUAUGCAAACUGCACGUGGCUCUCCAUGGAUGCGCGCAGAGUUACGGCCAGAUUGGAGCCAAGUUCAUCAACAAUAGUGGCUACAACAAAUGGGCAGAUACAAACAACAUUAUCAUUCAUUAUCCGCAAGCCAAGACGGACUACUCGGUUCAUCCAAUUUGGGGUGGACUUAUCCUAAAUAACCCUAAUGCUUGUUUUGACUGGAUCGGCUGGUAUGGAUCGAAUGCUGACCAGAAGGGAGGCGUUCAAGUGCAGGCUCUGGUCAAUCAAGUAAACCAGAUCACGAGUGGUUACACGGCGUAG